CGUUUCCGUGUAAACUCACUUGCACUGGAGACGUUCAAGCUCAGAGCUGUGACUCCGAUGCUAACCGAUCCCAUGCAGACAGUAAAUGCAGAUUCAAGGGUGCCAGAGCCCACUAAGCAAAACCUUGGCAUUCCUAAAGGCCACAAGAGAAGCCCCCUAGACUUUGAGGCUUUUGAGGCGUUCGCCCAAAAUACGGCAGAGAACAUUAUCCAGUCAUUUAUAAGCCAAAUGGAAAUGGUGGAAGCUGAGGUGGCCAGUUUGAACCGAGACCAUGAGAUGUUGGCUGAAGACUUAGCGUCAGCGGUGAUUGAGAUUGCCUUGAGGGAAGUGUGUCGAGGUGGAAACGUCGAGGUUCCUGAGAGUUCAAGGUCAGCUGGCGUAAAGAUGGAUCAUGAAAAUGCUGAGAGGCUGUCUUUGGUGGAUAAACCUGCAAAAGAAAAAGACUUGGACGCAGACAUGGAUCCGGUUAGAGAUCUGCAGACUUGCAGCCAGCCCAGUCAUCCGCCUCUAUCCCAGUCACAGCUUCCCCUUGUGGGAUCCCUCGACUACCCCGACGCCCCUCCAACCACCCCUCUCCUCCCCGAGCUGGAGCGGAGCAGACACAGCUUCGCACGAAAGCUGAAGGGAGGCUUGGCAAAGGUCUUCCUGCCCUCGCCUCCUCCGCCAACCCCGAAGGAGAAAGAGACGAGCUCAGACGCUGCCAUCGGCGACCAUCAGGUGGAUUUAAUGGAGCACCUGAUGCAUUCACUGUCCACAGAGGACCUGGCAAGACACAGUUUUGAAGGAGGAGCCAAUAUGGAGGCGUUUGCAGACGCUCUGUCAUGUGAUAUCAUGGACUGGGUCUUGAGGGCCAAAAACAGAGAGCAGACAUCAGACGAUGGCGACCUUCAUCUAUUAGCCCACCAACUGGCCAAAACAAUCAUCACCUCCUCCCUCGAUGAAGCUAAAACGCUUGUCUAGCAUGAUUAACGGGUUCAUGCAGGAUGUGAUGACCACUGCGAGGACAAAUUUUCACAUCCACCAUGCACCACCUGGUAUUCUCACUGAAAUGUGAUUUACUGCGAUAAUAUAAUUACUCUGAAGUUGUUUUCUUUUAUGAUCUUUUUCUCAAUAAAGUUCAGAUGCAUCUCAUUAAGAUGAA